AUCUAAUGGACACGCGAGCCGCCGAACUCAGAUCCCUCUUUUUAUCGGUUCUAUCCUCCAGCUCGGACAAUGUUGACGGCAUUCUGCUCUCCGGAGGCCUAGACACCUCCAUUAUAGCUGAUGCAGGCACAUCGAUCUUGGGCCUUACAACGGGGGUUACGGUUGUUUGCGGAGAAUCUGGUACUUCACCAGAUGAACCAUACGCAACUUCCAUUGCAAAAGCCAAUAAACUGUCUCAUCGCAUUGUGCGAGUACCAGAUCCAUUGGAUCUUGUUGAUGAUGCCCCUGGAGGACUCUUGGAUCUCUGUGUUCGAACACUAUGUACAUUUGAUCCAAUGGAACUCCGCAAUGCAGUCGUUAUUGCAAGAGGCCUGAAAGAGUGUCAAAAUGCAGGAUUACGGGUCGUUGUAACAGGUGAUGGAGCCGAUGAGCUUUUUGCCGGAUACAGUUUCCUCGCAUCGAUGCAGCCUGGUAAACUCAAACGCUACAUUCGUCGGUUGGCCCAGCCCAACGCCAUGCGCUUCUGUGCCGGACCACUUGCUAAGGCCCUGGGGCUAGAUGUCGUGCAGCCUUACUUAGAUCCACGAAUUAUUGAGUUUGCGCUGACCUGUCGAAAACAGGAACUGGUAGGCACGGACGAGGGUGGGAUGAUGCAUGGCAAGUGGAUUUUGAGAGAAGCAUUUCCUGAGGCCCAUUCACGAUGGCGAAAAAAGGAUCCUAUUGAGGUCGGCUCGGGAACAACGGUUUUGCCAAAAGUCUUUGAAAAGCGGUGCGACGAGAUAAAAGUCGAGCAAGAAAUACAGGAUAUCGCUCACCGGGAUCGCAUCAAAAUUCGAGAUGCAGAACACCUCCAUUAUUACCGCGCCUUUCAAAGAGCUUUUGCCCUUCCAUCGAAAAACGACCAACCAACACAAUUCAACUGCCCUGUUGCGCGAUACGCAAGUGAUCCAUGUCGUGCUUGCGGAUUCCAACUGCAGAGAGCUGAUCAAUUCUUUUGUGUGGUUUGUGGAGAGUGGCCAGCGAGAGAUGGUGGGCCACCAACGGACGAUCAAGAAGGGGAUGAAUUAGAUAUCUAGUCUUUGAACACAACUGUCCUAGUUGUUCUUUGCUAUGGCCUUUCUCAUCUCUACUGCAAAAGCAAAUGCUACGGACACAGGCACUCCGUUCCCCACCUGCCCAUACUGUGCACUCAAGAGUCCUUUUAGCUCAAAUGAAUCUGGUGCAGCUGUAGGUGGAAUGUGAUUAGAAUUAGAAUAUAUACAGAGUGAUUCAAAACACAUACGCACAUUGCAGUCUUAACAUUUCGCGUACAGUAAAGGCGCGAUUAAACAAUGGGUGGAGUCCCACCUACCGAAAAUAACGCAUGAAUAACAUGAUAAAUAGUCAGACAUUGAGGGGAAUGAGAUUCUUACUUUGAAAGCAUCUUUAACUACCGUAGAUGCUACCCCCCGCC